CAAUGACUUGGAUGAGACAGCCUAAAUGGAAAGGACACUGCUGCCGCAACCAGAGAGCCCUUAAACCCCAGCUAAGCUAACCAUCUCUACCUUAAACGCCUCCAUACCGCAUACGAACCCACUUCUUUCAUUGACCAGAGAUUUUUGUUUUUUUCUGACGAUCCUUGGAGACAUAUGGCUGGAAAAUGAAACGACCCGGGAGUGUGGCUACAUCGUUAUUCUGUGUGGUGUAAUACCAGAUGGGCACUGUGAACGGCGCAGGGAUGUGAAUGGACAGUUUGAAAUGAGAAUUUUCUCUCCUUGAGCAGGUUCCGUUGCUCUCUCCUGUCUCUUGGUAUAACGUACUAGCUUUUGCCCUUCUCUGCCGUAUCAAUUAACUCAACUUGGAGGUGGAGUGGCCAGAGAAGAAGGAAUGAAGCGAUCUGACUAAUCUUGCUAGCUGCGGAACGGCAGAGCCUGGAAAGCGGCCGGGUGCAGAUCUGCCGACUGCGCCCGCGGCAUGGAGCGCACGGGCGCCCGCGGGGACCCAGGCCCGGCCCGGAGAACCGGCUGCUGAGCUCCGGAGUCAGCCAGGCCGCCGCCUCCUUGCGCCCUCUGCCUUUACUGUCAGUGUCGCCCCUCUUAAAGAGUCAUGGAAGACGGCCCGCUGCCAGACCUCAGAGACAUUGAACUGAAGCUGGGGCGCAAAGUGCCCGAGAGCCUAGCGCGCUCGCUGCGCGGGGAGGAGCCGGCGCCCCGAGAAGGGGCUGUGGACCCCAGCGGGGUUGGCGGGAGCUGCAGCAGCAGCAGCAGCUGCAGCAGCUUUGCGCCGUCUGUGUCCUCUUCCUCUUCAUCCUCCCCUGCCUCUGGCUCUCCACGACGCGGCCACCCCAGCGCCCUGGAAAGGCUGGAGACCAAACUGCACGUCCUCAGGCAGGAGAUGGUUGACCUCAGAGCCACUGAUGUGAGGCUCAUGCGCCAGCUGCUGCUCAUCAAUGAGAGCAUCGAGUCCAUCAAGUGGAUGAUUGAAGAAAAGGCCACCAUCACCAGCAGAGGCAGCAGUCUCAGUGGCAGCCUGUGCAGCUUGCUGGAGAGUCAGGGUACCUCCUUACAUGGCAGCUACAACAGCCUCCAUGAUGGCAGUGAUGGGCUGGAUGGCAUCUCUGUAGGGAGCUACCUGGACACUCUGGCAGAUGAUGUACCAGGGCAUCAGACCCCUUCAGACUUGGAUCAGUUCAGUGACAGCUCCAUCAUAGAGGACUCACAGGCUCUGCACAAGCAUCCCAAGUUGGAUUCUGAGUACUACUGCUUUGGCUAACGACCCAGUUUUUUGCAUGGGACUGGUGUGCAAUUAACUUGAAUACAAUGGACAACACAGCUUUCAUGACUAUGGAAGAGGAAAAACAUUACAAACUCUAGGCCCUCUGCAAGGCAUCUCCUUCUUCCCUCAUGAUGUGACUUGUAUCCCUGCACAGAAAGCAGCUCUGUAUGAAAGUUCUGGCAAUUAUUUGGUAUUGUUGGAUUAAUGUGAUGUUUAUUAAUGACUAAUCCAAAAGGAUUUUUAGUGAACUAUUCAAUAAAAAAUCAUGAUAAAAGAUGUAGAUAAGAAAUGUGGAUAUGGUUCUUAUCUGCUCUUGAGACUUAGUUCCUGAGCUUUGGUUUUAGGCUCUGGACUUGACAUUGAAGAAUAUAUGGAUUAUAUGACUAGUGCCAGAAAAAUUGCUCACUAAUAAGUUAUUUCCCAGGAGGCCUUUCAACAUUCUUUUGUUAGUUUUCAAUUGAAUUUUCUGCAAUAUAUUUUAUCACUUGAGUUUGGAGUCAGAUUUUUACUUUUCAAUCUUGUAAGAUUUGUUUGUGAUCUGACCAUUACAUAUGUGGGGUGAUGCUUGAUUUCAGAAGGAAACUCUGAAUUAAAUGUGUCUCAUCCCACUAUUGUGAGAAUGUCCAUUUAUGUCUGUCAUUGGAUGGAUGUUUCUAUCUGCCAGCUUAACCAAAAUUUAUUAAUAUUUGCCACCUUGAGAUCCAAAAACGGGAUUCUAUUUGACUUAAAUGUCAACAAAAGAAAGGAAAAUCUUGGUUUAAUGCAAAGAUUCCAGUAGAAUCUUGAAAUUGUGAAGAAAAGAAUACUUUUAUUCACAAAUAAAACAGGCUAUCAAAAAACUAUAUUCAUGUGCUUUAUGAAUUAAAGUGUUUCAUUAUUUUAAACAUUCUGAUUAAUCAUUGAGUUGGCAAAA